AUGGCGACUGAAGAUCCCGAUGCAUCCGAGCCCUUCCUGAAAUCCUUUGAAGAAGACGCGUCCGGCGAUGCCCUCUGGAGACAUUACCUCAAGGUUGUCAAGGGGGAAGAUGAAGCCAGUGUUGAGAGCUGGAAUGGAUCCACCGAAGGGCUUCUCACCUUUAAUGGUCUCUUCUCGGCGGCUGUCGCCACCUUCGUCGUGGAUAAUUACAGAAAUCUCGAGCCCGACACAGGUGCUCAGACGGUGGCGCUCCUUGCGACUCAUUUCGCGCGCCCCAACUUUACUAUCCCCGCCUCUGAGUUAUCCUCAGAGCCUUUCACGGUGCCUGAAUCGGCCGUUCUGGUUAAUACGCUCUGGUUCACAAGCCUUGUCAUAUCAAUCAUCUGCUCGCUUCUUGCGACACUGGUUCAAGAAUGGGCCAGGCACUUUCGCCGUUCGAUUCAGCGCGGCGCUUCAGGCAUGACCAUCAAAGAGUAUUCGAUGAAUCAUAUGUAUCAACGCAUGGGCCUUGAGAGCUAUCGAAUGGAUGCUGUUGCAAGCGUGAUUGUCGCUUUGACGCAUAUCUCCGUCGUGCUUUUCCUUGUUGGCCUUGGGAUAUUUCUCUUUCCGAUUCAUCAGACUCCAGCACGUGCAGUCACAUGGACUGCUGGGGCUGGGGCUAUAUUCUAUUUAUGGAUAACUGUUUGGCCUAUCAUCGAUCACAAAUGCCCCUUUGAUACACCUUUCACGACUGCAUUCAGCUAUCUCAUCCACUGCGUAUUCAUGAUCUCGGCCUUUCCCUCCUUCAUGUAUCUCGGAUACCGCUGGGCCAAGAGCCAUCGCUGGGCCGAGCAUCUGUGCUCACAGUUUUCACGUUCCUUGCCAGGGAUUAUGUGGAUACACAUAUACGAUAUAUUCGACCCGGAUGUGGACUUCAUAUUCUUCAAAGGUUGUCCUGAGGGGUUACUGGAGAUCAUUCCUGGUCUGUCUCGGAAAUUCUUAGAUGAUUGGAAACAUUUCAUGGAUGGUGCGCGCAUGCUGUUCUUGUGGAAGCGAGUCAAUGGGUACUUGCUACAACCGGAGAAUGAUGCCAGUGUCGCUGCUCUUCUCGACCAUCUCCCGCGUCAGUUAUCGGAGGCAGACACAACCGUCCAUGACACGUUCUUCUUACACCUGAGGGAUCAUCCCCUCCUUCUGAAGCCGAUUGGCCGCAUGAUGACGGAAAUCAAGAAAGCUGGUCCGGGAGCGGGUCAGGGAUCUCUGAAGAUACUGCGUAUGCUCUUCAAUGUGAAGCACGACAAGGCUCCCCUUGGAAAGAUCAUCUCGAGUCCGUUAAGGACCGUGGAAAGCAUACUUGACGGGCUUCCCCCGUACAUCGAAGCAAUCGACAAGCUGGAUAGAGCUCAGGUUUACAUUGAGAAUCGCAUGCCGCUGGGGAUCUUCAGCCUGUGUGAUACCCUGAUUCGGCUGCUCCGGGAACAGUUGCUAGAAUUUGAAGAUUCGGACUUGGAGAUAGGAGAUGAUGAGAUGCCGAGGACGUUGAAAGCCACUAUAGAUAAGAUCAGAGACUGUCGCAGGCUGCAUCAGUUGUGUGUUCAAUUCUCCAACAUCACUUGGAGGCUGUCGGGACUGCGUGGUGGAGCUGCGCGCGAUUCCGGAUUCAGUUUCCGCAGAUCAAAACAUGAUAGUGACGCCGAGGAAGCAAAGAAAGAAAAGAUGCAGGCGAAGAUCAUGACAGAGACCUACGAACUCGCCAACGGGAAUAGGCUUGCAUUGUUGAUGGAUCUUGUCUGCCCGCAAUUGCCUGGCAUGGAAUACGGACCUCAUUCUAAACCCGAUCAUGUAGGUUAUGAAGAGACCAUCACGAAUGCACGGAAGCAAUGGGACAUAGCUUGGGGGUCACAAGAUGCGCUCGUUGCGCAGAGCCGUCAUAAACCACAGGCACACGACAUGCUCGUUGCUCUCCACGCACUGUGCAUCGACAAGUUAAGUUUGCCAGUGGAUAUAGACGGCAAAUUCAUUGCUCCGCGAUCGAGGGCUCUGUCAAAGGAUGAGGCUGGAAUGAUCACAGUCAUAGUAGACUUGCUAAACGGUAUGGGGAAAACUACAAGAAUCCCAAGUCGGGAUUCAAGAUUAUAUGCCGAGAAGCGUGAUAGGGGUAUAGCCCUGCUAAAUGUGAUUGGAGGUGGUCGUGAAGGAUGGACUCGGAUAUCGAUGGAUGCGGAGGGAUCUACGCCGGGCGAGGCUGAGGCUCGGAAUCGGCCUCAGGCUGAGGACGUCGUAGAAUUGUCUCGAGGACCUAUAGCAAUUGACUUUCAGUACGCGUCCACUCCAGCACAUGGGAAUAGAGAACGGCGAUCAACCCCCCACGGUAGACGUAGGGUGAUCUCCGGAGGCGCGCGCCAACAACAACAACACCCCCUACCCCCCAUCCCUCCUAGCUCGAACGAGCCCGGAGAUGAUAGAGGAUCGCCUGGUACCUCGCAAUCUAGCCCACAGAGGUCCAGUACCAAUAUGUCUCCAGACAGCCCCUACCACACUGCAGAGGAAGGGAUUCUCGGGUUAGAGGGAGUGGCGCCAAGCAGGCCUCACGGCGGCUAG